CGCCGACGCACUUAUUUCCCUCGUCUCAGAAUUCGGAAGGGCUGUGCCUUAAGCCUUUAUAAAAGAGAAACCGAGAUAAGACAAGUUAACUGCAUCGUGUAACGUCGCCAGAAAACAUCACGUGGAGAUUAUUUUAUUCGUCCUUCUAGUACAAAGACCCAUUCAGAAUGACUGGAAACAAUUGGGGAUACGGAGACGAAAAUGGUCCCGAUGAAUGGCACAAGGAUUAUCCCAUUGCCCAGGGAAGCCGACAGUCUCCCAUAGACAUUGUCCCUUCCCAGGCUGUGUACGAGGCCAGCCUCUCUUCUCUGAACAUCUCCUACAACUGCUGCACAUCUAUCAACAUUUCUAACAAUGGAUACUCUGUCGGGGUGGAGUUUGCUGACUUUGACGACAAGACAGUGAUCCGAGAUGGCCCCCUGGAAGUCCCCUAUAGGUUGAAACAGUUCCACUUCCACUGGGGAGGGAAGAACAGUCAUGGCUCAGAGCACACAGUCAAUGGGAAGUCCUACGUCUCUGAGCUUCAUCUGGUCCACUGGAAUGCUACAAAGUACAAGACCAUCCAGGAGGCUUCAGCGGCCCCUGAUGGCUUGGCUGUCCUCGGCAUUUUCAUUGAGAUUGGGGAUGAGCACCCAGGUUUGCACAAACUAACAGAUGCCCUAUACAUGGUCAAGUUUAAGGAAACAAAGGCAGACUUUAAGGGCUUCAACCCCAAGUGUCUCCUCCCCAAUAACCUGAGUUACUGGACGUACCCCGGCUCCCUCACCACGCCCCCCCUGCUCGAGAGUGUCACAUGGAUCGUCCUCAAGGAGCCAAUCAGGGUUUCAGAGAAACAGAUGGAGAAGUUCCGAAUGCUUCUGUUCACGGGUGAAGAGGAGGACCGGCUCUGCAUGGUAAAUAACUUCCGCCCCCCACAACCCCUCAAGGGCAGGAAAGUCCGGGCCUCCUUCAAGUAAUAAAGUUCUUGGAGAGUGGCACAGGGACCCCACUGAGACACUGCUCACAGCCCCAGAACCAACAGCACUGCAUUCUCAUCACAUCCAACCAAGCCUCCCAUUGCAGCCAACAGAAGAAACACCUCCUGUGCUAAGCUGCAUUUCCAAGAAAAAUGGUUCCCCUGUGCAGCAAUGGAGCCAAUGUGCUCAUGAAGAGGGAUGUUUUUGAUGGGGGGUGGGAAGUGGCUCCUAAUUCUGGUUCUCGGACCAAUACCUAAAUUCAGACAGGUAGUUUUGUUUAUUUUUCAUCUGUAUUGUAUCGAUGCGCACUUUAUAAACACAACACUAUGUGUAUAGAUGUUGCACACUGAAACCUGAGCAGUGGAGCUGGGAACCACCACAUUAAUCUAGUCUUGAAAUCUGGGCUAUUUUGCAAUUUAUUACAGGACAUAAUUCUCUUCCAAGAUAUGCAGAAUCUGCUUCCCUCUCAUUAUUGCUUAUAACAACUAUAACAACUUUCUUUGUUUCAUUUGAAUAGAUACUGAGCAUGUCAUCAGUGGUUUUGCUUCCUUUCCUCACAACAUAACAUGACUUUGAUUGUAAAAGUUUGCAAACAGACACUUCAGCAACGAAGGCAUUAUUUGAAAUGUUAGUCUACAUUUUAAUUUCUUAAAGUAGUCAGUCGAUUAUAAUAGCCUUAGUAGUUGUAGUCAAUGAUGCCUACAUAUGCAUAACAUUUUGUAUCUGGAUUUGACAUACCACCAGCAAUGAAUUGACUUUGCAUGCACCAGUACUCAGGUGGAAUCAUUAGUGGUUAAGAUUACAGGAGAAAAGUUACAGUGACGGCGGCAUGGGUCAAAUUCUAGAUCUAAGGAGAAUUUGCAUUGCCACAAAUGACAAAGGGAACAUGCUGGAACUAAUGGCCUGAAACCAUGAAUUAUUUUCUGUUUCUAUUGCCAGUCUUGUUGUGCAUGCAUUUCACACAGUGGUUUUUAGAAUGGUCAAUGUUUGAAGGUCAAGGAGUUUAAACUGUAUACCAGGCAAAAUGUAUUGUUUUUCAGGAAAUGUUAUGUAUCAGUAUGUACAGCCAUUCAUAGUGUACAGAACUAGAAAUAAUAAUCGUGUUUCAUUCUCUAUGUGCAAUGCAAUGCGAUUAUGUGUAACCUUCUAUAUAAGUUAAUGGUUUAUAAGCAGCAUGAUGCAAUUAUAGCUAGAAGUGGGUCAAAGAAUUCCCAGCUGUCAAUGAUUGACUUGUCUUAAGUGCAAGAUUGGGUUUUACAUAAAACUGUUUUAUGGAAAGGUGUGAAUGUAUUUAACUACGAAAUUGAAUUGUUUUAUUCUUGAAAUCCAGUUCUAAUAAAGUUAUUGAGUGAAUGAGA